AUGCCGUUGGUUUACGAGGCAAAUGUCAUGGGCUUCACACAAGACUGCCCCAUGGGCAUUUGGGUAUUUUCCUCCGGAUGGUUGGCGAUUUUGCUGGGCUUGCUCGGAACGCCCUACUUGCCGGACUGUUGCAGUCCUUCCGAUGUUGGGUUCAUCGAUGUGGCCAGCAUCCACCAGCAGGACCGUGAGCUGAUGGAGAGAGGGGUCUACGGCAUUGCGGGUUUUUUGCGCGUCUCCUCGGAGCUUCGGAUACUGUGGAGUUCGCCGUACCUGUCCCGUCUUUGGUGCAUUUUCGAGCUGGCAGCAUACAAGAAGGUCAAUCCGUGUGGCAUGAUCACUUUCCGACCGCUCUACGUCGAAAGGGUCCUGGCCAUAAUGCUGCUCUCUGGUGCAAGCUUUGGCCUUUGCUUCGUGUUGGUAAGGUCGGGUAGUGGAGGAGCCUCCAUGGCUUAUGUUGGCUAUGCGCUCUUCGUCAUUCCGUACACCAUUGCUGCAGUUCUCCUGAGGAGAAAUUUCCGGGAGAAGCACAUGCUGCGACAGGAGUUGGAGACUUUUGACUUUAGCAACGUCUCUUGCGCAAAGGAGUUCGACCGAAAGUUCAUUCUUGCCGCGAUCGAGAAGUGGUACGGGAGCCAGGAAGCCUUUUCUGAGUUUGUGCAGACCGAGCUGCGCCAGCAGCUGGAGCCACUGCUGGCCACCAGUCGCUUCCCCACUCCAUAUCUCCUGCUGGUUUUCGCCGCAUUGAUGACCGCUAGCCUCGAAUUCCUUCUAGCUUUGUGGAAAGGCGGUGCUCCACCCGCAUGUUUGGUGUCCUUUGCCGUCGGGAUCCUUGUGGGUGUGGACAUCUUCUUGGUUGGUGCCUUGAUCGUUUUUUUCGCAAACAUUUGCGAUCGUCUGGCACCUCAGCGCUUCGGCAGAUUCGAUCAUCUGCAGACCGCCUUGGCCAUGCUGCUUAUCACGGUGGUCUUCGGCAUUGGAUCGUCCAUGGGGACUGUUGCCUACAGCUCCAGCCUGGAACAUGGCUUUCUCUUUGCAUUAGCAUGCCUAUUGCUUGGUUGCUUCAUCUGGUGGAUAGAUGGAGCCGCUAACUCUUGUGCCUGCUGCUCACAGCCGUCACCAGAGCACGAGGUUGCACCGUCUCAUCAGACUGCUUGCAGUCCGAUUCCAGAAGUGUCCGAACAACCGUGA